UAUACGAGAUGUUAAAUGUAUGAAAAGGAUUUAUUUAAAGUUUUUUCGUUUUCUAUUCUACAUCAAGAAAAAUCGAGGUGUUUUCCAUUAUUAGGAUUUAUUUAUACCAUUAGGAAAUGCCAGAAACAGGUUUCGAGUUAAUAAAGGCAUGAAGGAUAUAUUAUAGAAUAUUGGAUUAAAAAUUGCCCGGAGAAAUAUAUCAUGGGUGUACCAAGAUUUGGUCGUCUCAUAAAAACAAUAGACGAAUACUAUGAUUUAGCAAGACAUAUAGCACAUUUUGCAGUGAAGAGAUCAUUGGGAUAUUUCCACCAUUAUAUCGUGACUGGAUGGUCUUCUGUACAGGAAAAAAUUAUUGAGUAUUGCGUCUGUUUUUCAAAUUUCUGUAGUAGCAUUUCAAGCGGACCUGGAGAGGUUAUAGAAAAACAAAUUUCCGAAGACGAAAUAAAAAAAGACAUUGCUGAUGGCAUCUUGUAUGUCAUUGAAUCUCCAGAAUAUCCACACACUGACAAAGAAAGAGAAGAAGCAAAGGAGCGAUUUUUUAAGCGGUUAGGAGAGAAGGCCUAUAGACUGGCCUGUAGUAACUGUGAACAUCUCAUCACAUACAUCUUGACAGGGCAACCAUAUUCAGAGCAGAUUAAAGAAGCUGGUCCAUGGAAAAUGCUUUUAGUGGAUACUUUUGAUAAUUUCAUCAGUUGUGGGAAAAGUACUAUCGCUAAAAUAUUUAGUUGCCUUUUGGCUGUGAAGCCAGUUUCCUCAUUUGUUAAGGCUGCUACAAAUGAGGUACUAAAUGCUGCUUCACAAUUAACACUCAAUUCUACCUCGCAAACAGUAACUGUUUGCAAAAGAGCAAUUAAUCUUUGUAAGUAUGCAUGCAAAGUUUCAAAAUAUAGUGAAUCCCAGCUUCUUGGAUCGACAGAAUGUACCAGCAUUGCAAAAACUGCUAGUACAGAGGCACUGAAGAAAACUGCAGCUACAACGUUCUUCAUGACUGGUAUUGUAGAGGCAUGUGCUGCGACAUACGAGAUAAGUAAUUUAAAACAGAGAAAAGAGAAGGGAGUCCUAAGUGAAAGAGAUUACAAACGCGAAGUAACAAAAACAGUUACUGGAGCUGUUUGCGCAACCACCUGUACUGUUGCAGGGGGAGUAAUUGGACAAGCACUGUGUCCGAUGCCAGUCGUGGGUUAUUGCUUAGGUUCUUUUGCGGGAAAUGUGUUUGGGCGAUGGGCUGGAUCUGUUUCUUCCGGACUAGUUUUUGACAAAUUUUGGUAAUGAUGAUUUGGUGAGAAUCAAUUUAUCCAGUCCAACUAUAGAUAAUUUUUUCAGUGCCAAUUAUAUUGGAUAUCAUUAUCAUUAUAGUUUUCUCCUUUGAAUUUUACUUUUAAAAUUCCCGAUGUCACAACAUUCUUUCAAAUUAUUUGCCUAAUUGGACGAAAUUGUUAAAGACAAUUUGUGAAUUAGCUUUUGUGCCAAUUUUAAUUAAGAAACUUGUGUUUAAAAUGGAAUUUGGUGUCAGUAUAUUUCCAAAAUUAUAAUUAAAGGAUUCCAAUAUAGAUCGUAAUGGAACUUUUGGAAUUCUAUACUAAAGUACAAAACGGCUUUAGAAAUGUUAACUUAAAGACCCUGUCCCUUUCCAAGCUCAGAUACUUUGGAAAUAAGGUGGUACAUACGUUAUCAAUGUAAUAAUCUCCCAUAUCUGCUACAACAUAUUGUUGAUUUGAUUUUUAUUUUGUAUCUCGGACCUUAGCUUUCAUGUUGCUAUUUUUGUAAUGAUUAAAUGCGUUCGGAAAGUUUCUGAAACAAUUUCUCCUAGUGUUUCAAAUGUUUUCCGAACCCUCAUUGUUUCUGUGUAAAACAUUUAAUUCUGUGAGAUCGACAAAAUCUCUUAAGAGAAAGCUACACCAAUUUUAGCAUUUUUGUGGAUGAUACGCAACAGGAUUUUCCACAUAUUUUCCCGAUAUUUCGAUUAUUAUUACGGUACAGGAUGUUCGGGUGUUUUCCUUUCGAUAUUUCGCACAUCCGAGGAUUCUAUUGACUGCCGUAAGGAUCGCCAUACUUUGCCUCUGAACGUCUGUGUGACUUUUCCUGAGUUGAAUCAUUUUCAAUGUUUUCGACUUUAAUUGUAAGGUCAAAUGGACUGCCAUGCAAAUCGUUUUGGACUUGCUCCGAUUUUUCAUUUUUUAAACGACACAUUAUGAAAAUACAGGUUUAUUGUCCGCCCGGUACACAUGUUCCAAUUUGAUCGAAAAGAGUGUCUCUCAUUGAUUACCAGAUCUGAGAAUGAACUGAACUUCUUUGACUUUAUAUGUAGUUAGCCGUUUUUUAUGUUUGUUUAUUCAAUUUAUUGAUUGAAUUACAAUUACAAUAUUUGUUGUUGUUUUUAGUCCAGUCAGUCUAUUACAAAGACACAUUAUCACUAAACAUAUCUGUGCAUUCAUUUCUUAGGAUUGAUACAUGGGUAUGUGUAUGCAAUAAUAUUUACAUCAUUUCAUAAUUUUGAUGUAAGUUGUACUUGUAAAUAUGAGAUAUUCAGACAUUAGUCUCACAUUUAUUGGCCAUUUUGCUUUUUAUAGCUGUAACGACUUGCCUCGUAGUGCUAAUUAUUUGAUAAAAGGGGCAAUUGGUUCUUUUAGCUACUUAAGAAAGGAUAAAGUUGACCUACUUUCGGUUCUAUGUAAGUGAUCGAUAUGGGUGAAGUGCACCAUAUAUGUGCGUAUUAAACACCCAUGCAUGCAUAGUAUGGAUAAUGCGUCUUUGUGUUUGAUGUCAAAGACUGGAAAUCAACUGAAUAACCCUAUACAUGUUGGUAAAUUAAAAAAUGUACAUAUGUUUCCUAAACUCAAUGUAAGUAAUAUCAAUGUAAUCGUUCCAAUACCUGCAAUAACAUAAAAAGGUAGACAAUUGUUGAUUUCAUUUUUACUUUGGAUGUUGCUAUUUUUUAUUCUUAUUUUAUAAUUAUGAGAUAUUUUCGGAUAGUUUCUGUAACACAUUUUUUUUGCUGCGUUGAAUGUUUGCCGAACUAUCAUAUGCAUUGUUUUAUGGAAAACCUUUAAAUCUAUGAGAUCCACAAAAUCUCUUGGGAGAACGCUACACUAAUUUGAACAUUAUUGUGGAUUAUACGCAAUAGGUUUUUUUUUCCUUUUUUUUUUUUAUACAUAUUUCCCCGAUAUUUUAAUGCGUGUUACGGUAUAGCAUACUCGGGUGUUUUCCUUUCGAUAUUUCGGACAUCCGAGGAUUCUAUUGACUGCCAUAAGAAUCACCAUAUCUUGUCUCUAAACGUCUUUGUGACUUUUCCUGAAUUGAAUAAUUUUAUAUUUUUUCCGGUAUUGUAAGGUCACAUGGACUGCUGUUUUGGAGUUGUUCUGAUUUCUUAUUUGUGAGGUGACACCCUGUAUGUACACAGUGAUUUAUUUUUAGUCCUGUACACAUGCACCAGUUAGAUCGAUAGGGGUGCUUAUUCUUGAUGACCUGAAUAUCUACGAUAUUUGUUUAAUAUUUUGUAGAGUAAAUAAAUAUAGUUAGCACAUUC